ACUCCAAAAUUAAAACACAGCCCAGCCAAAAUCUAAUGCUACCCAAGUAACCCAACUGCGAAGACGAAGUGCUCAGCGCGAAGAGCAGAAGAGGCCACCAGCCGCGCUGCCGCCUGCCGUCCAGGUCCCUCCGUCGGCCCGUCGGCUUAACCGAUCCAGCUGUCCAGACUAGUAGGCGACCAGGCAGUCCAGCACUUUGCCCUCCAGCUCCACUGCUCCACCUCCGGCCCUCCAUUCUUCAGCUUUCGCUACAUCAUACCUUAUAUUGAGGUCAAUAAUAAAAGAGAUGGCUGAAGAUGCUGUACUAGGCUUUCUGGAGAAAAAUGAAGAAAUAUUGGACUCUGGCAAGUUCUCUGAGGAUAAAGGAAUCAGCCAUGAUGAAAUUGUCAAUGCUAUCAAAAGCCUUAAUGGGUUUGGAUUUGUCAUUGCACAGGAUAUCAAGAGAGAGAAAUGGGUGCUUACUGAAGAGGGAAAAACAUAUGCUGCCGCUGGAUCACCAGAAGUCCAACUUUUUUUAGCUAUACCCCAAGAGGGUAUAUCACAAGAUGACUUGCAGAAAAGAUUGGACCCUGCAGUAUUUAAAGUCGGUUGGCCACAAGCGAUGAAGAACAAGUGGGUGGAAAAGGGGAAGGUCCUUGUAUCAAGGAAGGUACAAGAUGUCGAUGACACAGUCAAAUAUUUGCUUACACAAAUUGAUAAUGGCGAGGCAGUAGAUCCAAAAGAUAUUGAUGCUCUUAAGCGAAGAAAAUUAAUCGUCUCUUUGAGUUGGAAAGGCUAUUCAGCAAGAAGGGGUCCUAAGUAUGCUCCCAAAAGAAUUAAAGAAGCUACCGACCUCACUCGGGAGAACCUACAUAGUGGUGAUUGGAAGAAUAUGAAGGAGUAUAACUUCUGUGCUAAAGGCCAGCCAGUUGAAGGGGGGCAUCUUCAUCCAUUGCUCAAGGUACGGCGCCAAGUUCAGAUGAUAUUUCUUCAGAUGGGGUUUGAGGAGAUGCCAACGAACAAUUAUGUUGAGAGCAGCUUUUGGAAUUUUGAUGCCCUUUUCCAACCGCAACAACACCCCGCUCGUGAUUCACAUGACACUUUCUUUUUGAAAGAACCUUCCACCACAAGGGAGCUCCCUGAAGAUUAUGUUGAACUAGUUAGGAAAGUUCAUGAACAUGGUGGCUAUGGAUCUCGAGGAUAUGGGUAUGACUGGAAAAGAGCCGAGGCAAACAAGAAUCUGUUACGGACACAUACUACUGCUGUUUCAUCAAGAAUGUUGUAUCAGCUGGCACAGAACAAACCAUUUACUCCCAAGAAGUACUAUUCUAUUGAUCGUGUGUUUAGAAAUGAAGCUGUUGACCGCACACAUCUGGCUGAGUUCCAUCAGAUAGAAGGUUUAGUAUGCGAUCGAGAUCUUAGUCUUGGUGAUUUAUUAGGGGUUCUUCAUGAUUUCUUCUCCCGUUUAGGAAUGUCCAAGCUUCGGUUCAAACCUGCUUAUAAUCCAUAUACUGAACCCAGCAUGGAAAUUUUCAGUUACCAUGAAGGAUUUAAGAAAUGGGUGGAAGUUGGAAAUUCUGGAAUGUUUAGACCUGAAAUGUUGCUUCCUAUGGGGCUUCCAGAAGAUGUCCGUGUUAUUGCUUGGGGCCUUUCCCUUGAGAGGCCAACUAUGAUACUUUACGGGAUUGACAAUAUUAGAGAACUGUUUGGACAUAAGGUGGAUCUUGGUCUCAUAAAGAAGAACCCCAUAUGCCGCCUUGGACUUGAGUAAAAGGAUGCCACCAUUUUAACUGCUCUUUAAUAUCUUCUACGUGUUUGGUGCAGUAGAUUGAGAGCAGAUUUAGAUCCCAGUACCCAUUUUUUAUACAAUUUUACCUCAAAAAAUGUUGCAUUUUAACCAAUGACCGUUGCAUACAUCAGAUUAGCUGUUAUUUGAAGAAUAUUCUUAUUUUCCCCUUGGCUCAGUUGUAACCUAUUUAAUUUUUUGAAUAUGUAUACACAAGGAUAAUAUUUGAAUGGUUUUGUCGUUAAGAUGAGCCUAAUGGAGUAAUUUAAGUUGGGACAGCUAACUUUUAAUUGGUUCUUUGAAAAUGUGUUUAUGGGGCA